UCGCCAUUCAGUCUCCGGCCUCUCGCUAGGGUGGAUGUGCCCCGCCCCGCUCCGCUCCUCCGCGCUCGCCUGCGUCCGUUGGGCUGUGUGACGCACCUCGGGAAGCUUCUACGGGAACAAGGGGGAUAUUGUGUGUAUGUGUGCUCCGGGUGUCUGUCUGUGUCCGAUAUUCGAGGUGAAACUACGGGGAGCACGUUUCGAAUCGAUCUGUAGCCUGAAAGUGAAUUUUCGUCUCUCCAGUGUAAUAUCUAAUAUAAGUAUGUAAGAAAAGCAGUGAGCAAAAGCAGAUAAAAUAAAUAAACAAGAUUCAGAGAGCGACCAAUACUCAAUCAGUAAUUAAGCAAUAUUUCGGCCAAUGAGUUUGCGUUGACAUCCCGUUUCUCCCAAGUAUUAGCAGAGAAUGAACGAGAAAAGACUAACGGCUCCGAUCAUAGCGAGAUCAUUCUGAAAAUAUAGUGCUAAGUGAUACACCAAAUUAAUGCAGUGCAUUUUCCUGUUGAAAGUUGUAGAAAAAAGUUAUCCCAAUGAAAUUUUACCAAAGAAUAUAUAUAACCUACGCUAGUUCGGGUGAUACAUGGCGAGACACAUCAUGUCAGGAUUAAUAACUACGACAAAUAUCUCUGUGUAACAGGCUACGUCAGUGUAGUAGGAGCCAUGAUUGGAGGAGCGUGCCAAGGUGCCACGCCCACUACGCUAGCCCAGCCAAUCGGAGCUGCUCUUCGACCCCCCUGGCCUUCAGCUUCUAUUGAAGGGUUAGCACCAUACAAUGGUUUCUGCCCACUGCUGGCUGUGUCCACGGCGUCCUCGCCCGCCGCCACCACCACCACCAGGAGUCCAGCCCCGCCGCCCAUCUCUCCCACAGGCGCGCCCAUCACCACGCCGUUGCCAGGGGUGGUGCCUACACACGCCGUCCUCGCGCAGCUCCACGCACUAUGUAUCCAGCAGAAAGACGGUGCAUUGGUGGGCGCCUUAGCACCUGUGUUCCCCGGCACCCCAGGAGCACCACCACCGCCCAAGUCAGUUAAUAGCACCCCAACUUCAGUACCAAGUACGAAGUAUGGAGUCGGUGGUGUAAGUGAGGUCAAGAUGCCGGAGACAGAAAGCCAAAAGUUGUCGAUAAAGCCACAGACCUCACAUGCCGACGACAAUAGGGUUUCUGUAACCAAAGUGGCCACUUCCCAUACCACUCUAAAGCCGAAUAAAAGGGACCUACUCAUACCCACAUCAAAGGUUAAUGGUAUUGCCAUUUGUGCAGCAGAAUCAGAAAGUGCUGUGAAAGUUAAUCAUAGUGCUAUUUGUGCCAAAGAUGACAGACAUGCAAGAGAUAGAGACUGUAAGGAAGGUGUUCCUCGUAACACAAAGAAUAAAAAGGUAAUUAGUAGUAAAAACAAACAAAGAACUUUAAAUGCUAAAGUUUCUUCACUAGUAAAUUCCAGUGAAGAUUGUGGUGAUGUGAAAGGAGUGGAAGGGGUAUCAUCUUCCUCCUCACAUAUGGUGGAAUCUAAAACUCAAAACAGUGUACCUGCAGAGGAAAGAGAGAUAACUGGGUUUAAGCAGAGUUGCAAGUUUUCAGUGACACAUCCUUCAUCUCGGCUACAUAAUUCAGUCACAGCAUCAGUCUCACACGAGCAAAGUGAGCCUCUUUGCCUUGAUACAUCAGUGUUAGAUCGUAACUAUUCUCUGAAGCCUAGACAACAAGAACUACCAUCUUUAGUUGUGGCUCAAGAACCAAGAUCCUCCAGAACUGCAGACCUGGCUUCACAAGUAUCCUUGGAGACAGACCACCUCAGUAGAUCAGUUCCACACUUGUCUAGAGAGUCCAGCAGUUUUCAAGCCCACAUCUCAGCACAACACCAAGAUUCUAGCUGUAAUGAGGCACAAGACCUGUCCAAGUCUAGUGAGUCCAGAAAUAAUAGAACACACCUUUCACACCAUGGGGUUGAAACUAGCCAUCUUCAGGCACCCAGCAGUUUAGAGGCAACAGCUUUACAAAAUCCUUGUGAAUCGAAUGGUGUAGAAAUACCAUUUCAGUUACAACCUCAAGACUUCAGCAAGGAAGCGGAGAAGGAGCAAGAAGAGGUAGCUGAUAAGGGAGAUACCUGCCACUCAGCUAGCAACAUUAGUGACGCCAUCAAAGACUCUGAAAGGGACUGUACAGGUAAUGGAGAGGCAUGCACUGAUGGCAGUUUGGUUUCAAAUGAAAGACAAAGAAUAUUAAAUAACAAUGAUGAAAGGAAAAGAAAUCUCUUAGCUCCCCUUGUGGGUGAUCAGUGCUCCCGAACUACUCCAGGUCUUCUCCAAGCGUAUGCAAGAGGUCGUAAAACAAAAUCACAAGCUUCUCCUGAAACUGCACCUCUCAACAUUCUCUCACCAUCACCUGCCUUAUCCCCUGCAAAUACACCACUGUCAGUGGAUGAUGCGUCAACAAGUUCCUGUCCGCCAAUCGUGGCAUUAACACAGCUGAUGGUGCCUCGUGUGGCUCCACCUGCUAAUGCUGCGGCAGGAGACUCUGCUCGAACGACACGCAAAGCUGCUCGCCCUGAGGAGCGGCCAACUCCCAGUGUUACAGCUGUGAGUGGUAUUCCAGUUGGUAUUGCAGUUGCUCGUCAACGGCAAGAACCUAGGCCUCAGGAGGACCCUCAGCCAGGAUCAAUCCCACCCAGAGUUGCUGAUCCUGGGAACAGUGCUCUGCCCACACACUGGUCGCUGCCCCCAACACCCUGCACACCAGGACUUCCACCAGCACCAUAUUGGUUGCCCCAGAGUCAGUUCUCAGGCAUGGGUGUGGAUGCCAGUGUAGGCGCGGGCAUGGGAUUAGGCUACCAGUUCGCCCGUGACCCUCUAAGCGGUCACUACUACCUACUGCCGCACCCGCACGCAAUACCAGAUCAUGGUGGUCAUGGCUUACUGUGGGCAGGGUAUGGGGGUGUAUCUGCUGCCCCACCCGUGGUUAUGACUCCCCAGCAGCUUUUACUCCCUGAUACCCACUUUCAUCCUGCACUACAUGCCCACACAACUCUGAUUCAUGUCCCCCAUCCCCAUGCUCCCGUCCAUGCACCAACACCUCCCUCCAUCAAGCGUGAGGACCCCCCCACUCCCGGACCACCAGACGAAGACCCCAAGAGCCGUCCAGUGAGUGUGCCCCCUCCAGGGCAAGGACCUCCUCCACCAGGCAGUGAGCUGACAUUACCACCACCUCUAUCUGCAGGUCUGCGUCAUCUUCCUCCUCCUUACCUAUACCCGCCCCCAACAUCUCUACCCUACUACUGUCCUCAGUCACCUCAUCCUGCACCUUAUUCCCUUCCACCUUUCCCACAUCCCCCUACUACAACCAUGGACUCGGGCUUUACCACCAGUAGAACAACAUCCCUUACUACAACUCAUGCCAACACCUUAGCGGCUCCAGGCAACAUGACAACAUUCUCAGUUCUGCCAGCUGCACCUGUCUCCAGUGUGGCAAAGGGUAGCAGCCUAGACCAUUAUUCACCACAGGAUUGUGAGUCCAUGGUGGCCACUGGUUCUCCUGUUUCUAGAACAGACUCAAAUGAGCCAAUUAAUGUUACUUCCCAUUCAGAAGAAGAGCCUGACACAGAAUUGCUUCUGCCAAGAUCUUUGCCACUACAGGAGCCUUUGCGAAUACCAGUCCCCUUCAAGAUCAAACAAGAAAUCAAGGAAGAAGUUCCCUCUCCUGUUGGGGUUAACAGAGAUGGGGCCUGCACACCUGGAUCAGGAGAUGCAGCUGAUGAAACUCAUGUCCAGUCAGUUAAGAAAGAAGCAUUUCUUGGUUGUGAAGCUACUCAAGCCACAUGUGCUAAAGCACCUAAAGUUUAUAUGACACAGGUUCAAAAGGAUUCAUUACCGGCCCCUUACACUGAAAAUAUGUCUUCAGAAAUUCAGGAUAAAAAUUCUUCAUCACAAACAAAUGAAACUACAGACACAAUAUGCCAAGAACCAAAGAAUUCAAGCUAUUUAAAAGUAGGAACAACUGUUUCUAAGCAUCCAACUCCUAAAUGCUAUGAACCUGCAAUUGUUAGCACUGGUCAGUCCACAGUAACAAAGUUUUCUGAACCACUGACCCUAAACAGUAAUGAAAAAACAAGUGAUCACACCAAGUCCCAAAGAUUAGAGUCAUCAGAGCCACAUCAUCCCAUGUCUGAAGUUGGCCAAAUUCCUUGCAACUCUGAACCAGCUACAGCACCAUACCCAAAGGACAGUUUAACACCUCUUCCCACCUCUGCUUCUUCAGAGUCUAAUCCAGAAACCCAGUCUUCAGUCCAGCCAAAUCCUCUUGUAGUUUGCCAAGAACAGUCUGUAGCAAAUUCAGUCUCAUCGUGUACAGGCUGUCAGGAAAUGCAACCUACUUCACAUAUGGAUUCAGCCCCAUACUCUGGUACAAAUUCAUCAUACAUUGAUGUGAGUGGUCUAGAGCUUUUAUCUCAAAGUAUUCUGCAACAUGCAGAUAGACUCUCAGAAUUACCACAGGAGGAACAAAGUGCAGAUGGUCCUCUUGGACAGGAAGAAACCCCGGAAGAUGGCUAUUGCUCAUCACAGGAGAAAAUUCAAGAAGAUGAUUGUACUUAUCCAGGGCAAGACGAAUUGCCUGAGGAGAAGUGCAGUUCACCGUGCAAGGAGACACCACCUUAUGAAUAUGCCUCUGAUGGGGAAUAUGAGAGUAGUAUAGAAAAAGGUGAAGAUUGUUCUGAUGAGCAUGAGUCACCUGCAAAUAAAGAUGAAGUAAGUCCAAGAGGUGAAAUUGUUUCAGGAGAAGGAGAUGUGAAUGGGAUUGCAGGAAGUAGGAUGCAUGAGUUGGCAAAAGCUUGCAUAAUGGAUAUUUCUCGUCUCCAGUCACCUGCAACUUCACCGUCACAAUAUGCUGAACCUUCUUCACCUGUAUCUCAGUCUGACCCACUUACAGGCCUUCAUGGCCUCAGCCUUUUGUGUGCCUUAGCUGAGCAACGCAUCCUGGAGGAGAAGAAUGUGGCUUGCACAGCCCUGUCUUCCCUGGCUGAUGUGGCAGCCACAUCCCCAAGUGUUCCCACACGCCCAUUGGAACGCUCACCUUCGCCACGCUCACCUUCACCACAGCCAGGCCCAAGUACUGAGACAAGAUGUUUAAGAUCAAGCACUUUUAGCCAAACAGCAGAUAAACCAGUAUUUGGAUCUUCUACUUUUGGAACUGUUCAAAACUCAUAUAUCACUCCAGUAAAGACCACAGAUGUAAAUAGAAAUUACAAAAGCCCUCAGUCUGAAAGAGAAGCAAAAGCUUUCAUUGCUAACAAAGCUUCACAGUAUCAAAAAGAAUCAACUGUAGGUUUUAAAGUACCAUUUGGAUUUCCUGUUGAUUCAAUGGAUGCAGCUGAGCUUGAUAUGCGUAUGCAACUGGCUGAAUUGCAGAGGAAAUAUAGAGAAAAGCAACGUGAACUUUCAAGACUUCAGCCUAAGAAAGUGACAGCAAGCCCUGCAAAGAGAAAACCAGGCAGACCACCCAAAAGAAAGGUUCAUAACAAUGAUGUCCCUGGCAAAAAGAAGGUUGGAAGACCUCCAAACAAGAAGAAAAAGUCAGUACAAAAGGAACUUUCACCUCCAGUGCUAGAAAGAGUAACAGACCUUCAGAUAAAGAGUACAACCAAAGAUAGUGAUGAAGAGAAAGAGGAGUCACACAGUGCCAGCAGAUCAAUACUUAAACCACCAGUUCUUACAGCAACAUUUUCAAGCCAUGUCACCCACAAUGGUAACCAGUACACACCACCAAAAUCUGUUGAAACACAGGCAUCCACAGAAAAGGAUGAAUCAAGUGAUGAUGAUACAGAUAAAGAGAAAAAUAGAAGAUGGUCUAUUUCAUCAGAAGACACAGCACUUCCACCACUGAGACCACCUUUCAAGCUACCCACCACUACACCUGAAACACGUCUAGAAGAGAGUGAGGAAGAACAAGCAAAAUAUAGUCUAAGUGACUCUUCAGCCCGAGAAUCGAAAGCCUUGCACACAGAAACUUCUGUUGAAUCAUCGCCUUCAGAUCUUGAGCAGCAGCCAGCAUCAGCCUCAUCAUCAAAGAAACGGAAGCCAGGCCGGCCCAAGAAACACUCACCAACAAAGGAAGAUGCUACUGAAACCAUAGUUGCUAAAAAACCAAAGUCUCUGAAUCUCCUGCUUCAUCGUCCACUGCUCUCACACAAGCCAAAAAUGCGUCCAAAGUUGAAAGCUGAAGUUAAGGUACGAGAGGGUGAUCAGGAAGAAGAAGAAGGAGCAAAUCGAGUACACUACUCCAUGACCAGUACUAACGAAACACCAACCAAAGACUUGUCUGAAGAUGAGGAUCACCAGUCGCCAUGUUUGGUAAAGUCUGAAGGCGUUCGAGGGGCUCAAAGAAGAUUAGUGCCUCGUAGUCGAACAUCUAUUACCAGAAGAGCAAUGCUUAGAGACAAAGAGAAGAGGAAGUCUGCAGCAGAAAAGCAGUCAGUGAUGGAGGCACUUUAUAGGUCCCUCAAGAAGCAUUCAACAAUGGCUGCAGCAGAGCACGAUGAAUCGGAAGAGGAGAGAGACCGUGACGAAAAGGAAACCGAGAAAGUGGAAGAGGAGGCGUCUGCCAGUGACCAUGAGACUAGUCAAGAAGUAUCAUCAGGAGACACUGUGACCACCUCUACCACAUCUACUACAACCACAACUGUCACCACAACCACUACCACAACAACAAGUACAACUACAACUGCAACUACAACUACUGAUGCUACAAGACCCACCAUGCAAACACCAGAACCAAAUGUUUGUGUUAUUGAAGUGGGUGAUUUAGUAGACAAAGCGAGAGUGUUGGUGCUGCAGGAUGGUCUGCUGUAUGCUGGCUAUGUAGUUCCCAUGACACCUCCUGACGUGUAUGGAGUUGUGAUAGAUGGAGAACGAGGCUCACGUCCACAUAUAUACUGUCGAGAAGAACUGCUUGAGCAGUCAUGGAAGGAAGUGAAGCCUGGUUCGACGAGGUUCCUCAAAGAAGGGACCCGUGUUUGUGCCUUUUGGUCACAGCAGUACCGAGCCCUAUAUCCAGGAAUGGUAGCUGCUUCCUCUUCCCCAGCACAUGAAGCCAAUCAUAACUUCGUGAAUGUGGAAUUUGAUGAUGGUGACUCGGGGAAGAUUCAUGUUGAUGAUAUUCGCCUUUUACCUCCAGAAUUCCCCGUUCUGGGUAAGUAUUACGACCCCAACCCUCUGAUGACCCUCCAAAAGAGAAAACGGAGACCUACAGGUGACAGCCUCCCUGAUAUCAAAGAGGAACCUCCCAAGACAAGGCAGAAAAAGGUGAAGGCAACCACUGAAAAUAAUGUUGAAGAUGACACUCUUCACGAUCCAAACGAUGUUAACAACGAAGUAGAAAAGGAAAACAAAAAGAGCAGUGUAAAUAUAAAGAAAACAGAGAAGGAAAAUGAGGAAAAGAUUAUUAAGAAAACAAAUAAGAAGGGAGAUAAGAAAAAGCACAAGAAGCAUAAACACACAGAGUCCUCACAUCACCAUCGCCACAGACACAAGAAUAAGCACAAGCAUAAACAUCGUGAAGGAGACAGACCACUCCCACACAUUGAACCUGGGAUAAAUGAACUUACCAUGAGAAUCAAGUCUCCUCCACCACCCUUGGGAGAAACAAGAAAACGCUCAUAUCAGGAGGAAUCGGAGUCAGAAUUGGACAGUUCAUCAUCGAAGAGUGCCACUGAGGAGGACUCUGAAGAGAAUGAUUCUGAAUACACUCCCUCAAAGAAGGAAAAGGUUAAGACUCCAGCAAAGCGCAAGAAGAGACAUCCCUCGGGCAAGUCAAAGAUUGCACCUUUUCUUCCCGAAAGACAGUUGUGGAGAUGGUCUGGCAAAGGAUUCAAAAGACCUGGUGCAAAGGGCAAAGGCAAAAAAGAAUUCUUUAAGGCUAUAGUUAGAGGAAAAGAAAUGAUACGUGUUGGAGAUUCUGCUGUGUUCUUGUCUGCUGGCCAACCCGACCGUCCAUACAUUGGAAGAAUCGAACUUAUGUGGGAAUCAUGGGGAGGAAACAUGGUGGUUAAAGUCAAGUGGUUCUAUCAUCCUCAGGAGACUAAGGGACUUGGACGGAGGCUAACUGAACCAAAGGGGGCUUUGUUCCAGUCUCCUCAUACAGAUGAAAAUGAUGUUCAGACCAUUAGUCACAAGUGUGACGUCAUUGCACUGUCUGAUUAUCGAAUCAAGCGACGAGAGCAAGAAAAGCGGUAUGGACCAAACUGUGAAAAUUAUGAUAUAUAUUACCUAGCUGGCUCUUAUGACCCAACCACAGGACACAUUACCAUGGAGCCAGGUGUGUCAUGAAGAUCCUGGCACAUCAGUUUAAGAUUAUUGUGAUAAAAGUGAAGUGAGUAAAGUCAGCUGAAAGAAUAUCAUGAUUCCCUUCAUCUCAGAAAAGUGACAAUUACAGUGUGUGGUGCGACUAAAGGUUACAUUCCUCAGUCAUGUUGGUUAAUAAGAUAAAACUUGUGGGAAGUAAAUGAUAUGAUCGCGGUGAAGGAUGGUUGCAAAAAGGUUGUCCUUGAGAAUGAAAUGAAGAGCUUAAGGAAUAGAAUUUUUAAAGAGUUUAUUUUUCUCAAGUCUGAAGUGGGCAGUUCCAGUUGCAUAUAUGAUAGAUGUUUCAACAAGAAAAUGGAUACAGUUAUAGAAUUGUGAAGUAGUUUGCAUGAUAAUGGAAAUCUUUGGUAAUAGAUUAGUACAUGUCUUUCUCAAGACAUUUAUAAACAGUAACAAUGUUCUAAUGUGAAUUUUAAAAAAAUGGCAUAUAUUUAUAAAGCAUUUAAAAUGUCAUACUUCUGGAAACUGUAAAAGUAUGAUAGAAGAAAUGGUUUAACCCUUAUGCUUAACAUAUGUGUUUACAAGUGUGAUCAAAGUGAUAUAUUUGAUUUUAGAAAAAAAGCAAUUUAGGCCCUCUGGAGUCAAGUAGAGCAGUCAGUAUUGUAGAUUCAUCUUCAGGGGAUUUUUAUUCUUGGUAAUUUUGACUUUAGGCUAUUAGACGGUGGAUUGCUUAUGGACAAUCACUUGAAUCUGCAAAAUCACUAUGAGAAAUCUAUGGUUUUUGUUAAUAUACUUUUUGGAGUGUGAAAGAUCAGAGGUGUCCUUCCAACUACCCAAAUUUUGCCUUUAUCUCACAACACCUUUUAGAUUUUAAGGAUUUUUAUCAUAUACAUGAGUACCUGCAAUAUUUUAUAUAGAUACUUUAUUGUGUGGAUCAUAAUAUCUAAACAAAUAGAUAUCUAUGGCUGCAUUAUGAUUAGAACCACUGCUAGUGUUUAAAAGCUUAUUUUCUGGUCCUGCAAUAAUGUGUUGCAUGGCACUACCAGUGAUAAUGACCAAUGGCAAUUGUAGCAUCUUGUACAAGUGUGGAAGAGUCGUUGAAGGCCUUUCCUUGCCGAUUUUUCUUCUUUUUCUUGCUUGGUCUAGAUUAAUUUAUGUUAAAUUUCAGUGAUUUCUUUUGUGUUGAUUGCAUGUUGAACUGAUUUAAAAGAACAUUAAUGUGUACAGUAGAUAUUGUUUGUGUUAAAUGUCUUACAAGUUUCUUCAUGUCUUCAGUGAUGAGGAAGACUUAGAUUAGCUUCUUAGUUGAUAAAAUGGUUGUAUAUUUUACAUUUUGCCUAUAGUGCGAAAGGCUUUUACAGAGCUCUGACAUGGAUGCUUUAUGUUUCCCAUCAAAAGACAUUGACUAAUUAUUAUGACAAUUAAUUCAAUGUUACAAUGGAUCUCAUAUGAUAUAUACAAUAUAUAGUGACUGUAGGAAUCUAACAAACAAUUUCAGAAUAUCCCAUUUUGUGUUCAUAGGAUUCAAAUUCUGCAAGAGCAUGUCAGCUAGAACAAAAAUGGUUAUUUAACAGUGAAAUAUAUAAUUUUGAUAUCUGUAAUUAAGAGCAUUUGUUCUAGAUGUGAUUGUUUUCUGAAGUGACAGUCAUUUAAAGUGCUGUUCCAGAUUUUGGAUGGUCUAGUUUAGGGUGCUAAACUUAUCCCAAAAUGACACAUGUUACCAUGCAGCAUACUAACACACAGAACUGUAUUAACAUCAGAUUUGUUUUCCUUCUUUCUCUUCUUUCUUCAAACAGUUUAAGGAUAAAAAUGCUUUUGAUGAAAUGGUAAGAUAUCAUAAGCCAAGGUUUUAUUAUGUUAGGUAGAGUGGACCUUCUUCUAGAGUGAAAUUGCUUUCUGUUGAUUUAGAUUAUUGCUGUUUAUUUACAGUUAUGUGGAUAAUCAGUUUUAUGGCUAUUAAGGUCAGGAAUGGUUGCUUUAGGGGAAAAUGAAUGAUGCAAUUAGUUAUACAACAGUAUAUAUAAUGUUGCAUACAAGUCGUUUGCUUGGUUUUACACAAACCUAUAGAACUGCGUACAUAAGAAGAGUUCUGUGAAUUAAUGGAACUUCCCAUAAUGAUGCCCUUCACUAAGUAGAACACAUUUCUAUUUUAGAUUGGCACCAUUUCACUGAAUGUGAUAAUAUGUGAACAACUUACUCUAGCAUUAUGAAUUGAUUAAGUUUGCUUUAUACUAGAAAUGACAGAUUGUGGUGACAUAUUUGAGGUAUUACAGGAUUCUAAGUAAUCAUCUUUGUAUACUGGAAAUACAAGUAAACUGUUUUAAGACAGUGUGUCGGCAGCAGAUUUCAGAUGAUAAAAUAACUAUUUUAACAAAAUCAAAUUUAAACUGGAUUCUCUAGAUACACUAUUUUGACCCCUUCAGGACUAAGCAAAAAUAUUUUUAUUAUAGAUUUUAAAGCAUAUUUUCUUUAUGAUGAUAAAUGUGUCAUGUUUCAAAAUUUAUUAUUUUUUACAUCUAACACUUUUAUUAUAUUUAUUUGUAGGCGAUAUUUGAAAACUAACUUCUUUGCACAGCUCUAGAAUAAGACGAACUAAAUGCUCAAUUAUGUGAAUACCAAAUAGUGUUAAAAUUUAUGCAUGGAGUACAAAUGCAUACAAGUAAACUGUAACAGGUAAUUUCCUGAAGGGGUUACAAUACCAACACCCACUCUAAAGCAAAGAAUUCAAAGAAAUAGUUCUCAGUCACUUUCAGCAACAUGCAAGCAUUGAUAACUGAUGGAGGAUUUUCACAUGAACAAAAGCAAUGGGUAACCAGACCCACUGUAAGAGUACUUUCAUUUAACUUUCUGACAAAUCCACUGGUAACAAAAUAAGCAGUCAGCCUCAUCAAAGACAUUGAAAUAGUUUAUUUUUAACCCCUGCCCCCCCCCCACCCACUCAUUCAAGCUAAUCUUAAAAACGAACCAAAUGUUCACUUCUUGAAAAUCACUAAUAUGAGAUUAAAGUGGAAAAUUUAGCAACUAAAUUUAAUGCCAUUUUUGUUGCAAACAAAGCUGUUUAUGUAUGUCUGUGUAUACUGUAUACAUACUUUGUGUGUUUGUGUGUGCGUGUGUGCUAUGUGCGUGGUGUACUGUGUGUGCUGUGUGCAUAUGUGUGUGUGAGUGGAUGUGUGUGCGUUAGUGGAUGUGUGUGCGUUUGUGGAUGUGUGUGUGAUUGCACACACAUGUGUGCGUGCGUGUGUGUGUGCGUGCGUGCGUGUGUGUGUGUGUGUGUGUGUGUGUGUGUGUGUGUGUGUGUGUGUGUGUGUGUGUGUGUGUGUGUGUGUGUGUGUGUGUGUGUGUGUGUGUGUGCACGUGCGUGUGUGUGUGUGUGUGUGUGUGUGUGUGUGUGUAUGUGUGUGUGUAUGUGUGUAUGUGUGCGUGCGUGCGUGCGUGCGUGCACGUGUGAUGCAUGAGAGAGAGAGAGAGAGAGAGAGAGAGAGAGAGAGAGAGAGAGAGAGAGAGAGAGAGAGAGAGAGAGAGAGAGAGAGAGUGAGAGAGAGAGAGAGAGAGUGAGUGAGUUUGUGUGUGUGUGUGUAUAGAAUUUAAGGGUAUAUACAUUGUAUAUAAUCAUACAAUAUACAGUCCUUGUUUGAGCAGUGAAAAGCUUUAGUUAAACCUGCAUUCUGUUGUGGCACAAAAGUACUUAUCAAUCUGGAAUAUGGUGAUUUAAAGGGUAAACAAGUGCAUAGAAUAGUCAUAGUAUUAGAACAUAUCUAAAGUGUAAUGAGUGCUGACUUUUUUUUAUAAAUUUUAAUGAACCAUUUAUUAUUUACUAAUCAAUGUGAUGAUAAGAUAAGAAUUAAAUUAGUAGCUGGCUCAUAAUUCAAAGCUUUCUCACUCUUAAAUGUCAAAGUGCCAAAAUUAGAAAUAGGUAUUUUCCCAAAAAUAUUUGGAUCAGCUUGAAUUUUUCCCCCUACAUUUCUUUCAUGGUGUAGAUAGUGUUCAGGUCGGAAUACAUGAAGAAAUUUAAUGAUUCAGUAUGAAUGCUUUGAGUAUAUACAUAUGUACAUAUAUACAUAUACAUGCGUACUUAUAUUCUGCACCUCAUUUUUUAUCUUGUUCAUUAUCUGUCAAUUUCUCUCUUUAUCUAUUAUCUGUUCAUUGUUAUUUAUCUGCUUAUUUGUUAAUUCUUUCUAACAUACACACUCACUCACUCACUCACUCACUCACUCACUCACUCACUCACUCACUCACUCACUCACUCACACACACACACACACACACACACACACACACACACACACACACACACACACACACACACACACACACACACACACCAUCUAGUUACAGGAAAAGUUCUUAGUUCAUCGGCAUAUAGACAACAAAUUCACAUACAGUAUAUGUAUAUGUAUAUAUGAAUGUAUGUAUGUGUAAGUGCUGUUAAACCAUGUGACAACUGAGUAUAGAAGUAUGAUUCUUCUAAAAAAAAUGUAGUUAUAACUGUUACCAGUAUAGGUUUAUUUUUAUUUACUUAAUUAAGUUGCCAUUGAAGUUGGCAUAUACAAUAUAGGCAUAUAUUACAUGAAGCACAAAAGACUUUACACAAUUGUAACUGUCGAGCCUGAUAUUGGAGCAAAGCUGCCACGUUUGCUGCACUGUGAUUAAGCUCUAGGAUUAGUUCUGCAAUUUGAGAAUUGGAUUGAAAAUCAGAGGGUGACAAUCAUACACUCUUACUCUAAUCUAGUCCAAAAUUUUCUCAUCUAAAAAAAAAAGGAAACAAAAAAAGGACACUCUUCAUAUUUUAGACGACUGCUUCUAAAAGAUGGGAUUUAUUUUUUGCUCAUUCUUUUUUUUUCUCUUUUUUUUUUUUUCUUUUUUUCUUCUUUUUUAAUAGGUCUCCCAUGAGUCUUCUUUCCUAUUUAAUUGCAGCACACUUCAUUCUCAUGAUAACAUGGUGUGUGUGUGUGUGUGUGUGUGUGUGUGUGUGUGUGUGUGUGUGUGUGUGUGUGUGUGUGUGUGUGUGUGUGUGUGUGUGUGUGUGUGUGUGUGUGUGUGUGUGUACACGCAUGCACUUGCAGGAGCAUUUGCAUCGUUAUAAGAAUUUUUCUGCUGAGUGAAUACAUGUGUCUGCAUGUUACCAUAACCAUACCACACCAACACAUUACAGACAAAGGUAUGUGGAAGCAGACACAUGCCUCUCAUUCACAUAUAUUUCACUCAUUUGGGUGUUUUUUGUGUGUUUAACAGAAAGGGUAAAUGACUUCAUUUAUUGUUUUGUUUAAUUUUCAUAUCAUAUGGCAGUAUCAUGACUUACAUUCCAUAUAUCAAUUUUUAAUAUUUCCUCCAGAUCAUUAAACUGAGAAUACCAGGCAAAGGAAAAAUACUAAUGGCUAAAAGUUAUUACCUUCUAAAAGAUUAUGCAUAAAAUUGCAAAGUUAUAGGGAUAUAUUGAAAAGUAAUCUUUUGCAGAUUCUUGCAUUACUUAUAACAACAUCCAAGAGUUGUUUCCCUUGUUUUUGCAUGUGUUUUUUUUAUGUUUUUUGUUUUUUAUUAUUGCAAGUGUUUAAAUUCUGCAAUAUAUAUAUUGUACAUCCAGCAUGCUCAGAUGAAAAGACGUUGGGUGUCUGUAUCUUAAUUUUUUUUUUUUCCAACAAAUAUUUUAGCAAGUUUCUUAGUACAAAUAGUUCCUGUUACACAUAGUUCGAUAGUUGUUAUUAACAAUGAUUUCAAGAUAGAAUGUACUUUUAUCAGGGUAACUGAAGCCUUGGAGGAUAGUUCUGAAACCAGACAUUAAAGUCAAGUUUCAUUUCUUUGUUAAUAUCAAUAUUGUAUUAGCUUUUUUCCAUAAAACAAUGUAUGGUUUGCCUUUUGAAUAUCAUCAUUUUGCUUCUACUGUUUUGGUUCACAAUACCAUAUGUAUAAUAAUUGUCAAAGUUAACAAAGGUUUAUUUUAUUUUGUCUCUUGUAAGUGUAUGAAUAUCACGGCCAAUUAAUUUGUUGAUGCUACUAAGCUUGGAUAUGAAUGAUAUUUUGUAACACUGGAGGUAACAUAUCUUGUGUUUAUUAGGAAAAUAUAUGAAAGUCAUACUUUGUUAGCACAGAGUAAAUAAAGAGUAACGUCAGAUUGAAAACUGAUGCUCUGGAAAUGAAUAAUGAUUCUCUGAAGCCAUGUUAUAUGAAGUGUGUAAACUUGUAUAUAAAAUAUAUAUUUCAAACAUA